GCCGCCCCCGGCUCGGCCACGCCGGCGGCGGGCAGUGGCGGCGGGGCCGACUCGGCCGAUCUGGAGCGUCUGAAGGCGAUGCGAGCCGCCAUCACGGCCACUGAGGGCUGGUCCAGCAGCCAGGUGAACCAGGAGUCGAGCUGGGACCUGCCGCCCAGCCCGGAGCCCAAGGAGCACCCGGGCAAUGUGGCCGCCUGGAAACUACCCGGAGUCAACAAUGGUCUGGACGUAUGGCACGCCAAUCUGCGCAACGGCGGUGCCCCGGCGGCGCGUGCGGCUGAGCCCCAGUGGGGCCAGCACAUUCCCCAGUCCAACAUCGGAGGAACCUGGGGAGAGGAUGACGAUUCUCAGGGCGGUAACAUGUGGUCGGGCGCCCCACCGGGUCCCCCCGGGCCGCCCGGCUCCCACUGGGGCGGCGGCGGCGGCGGCGGCGGCCCGGGCGGCUCCUGGCCCGGUGGUCAGCGGCAGAAGGACGACUGGGGCGGCGGCGGACACAAGCCCUGGGAGGGACGCGGCGGCGGCGGAGGAGGAUGGCCGUCCGGACCGCCGCAGCACGGCGGUCCCGGACACUGGGGCGCGCCCGAUCACUCGCCGCCGGUCGGCAGGAGACAGCCUGGAUUCGACGACUGGGCAGGUAACAAGCGAGGCGGCGGCGGCGGCUGGAAAGAGAUGGGUCCGGUGCGCCCGGGGAUGCCCGGUGGCGGCCCGCCGGCCCACCUUCUCUCCCGUCUUCCGCCCGGCGCCCCGCCCGACCACAAGGGCAUCGACGGCUGGGGUCGACCCCCGCGCAACGGCUGGGGCGAGGCACCGCCGGGCGCCCACCCCGGCUGGGGCGGCGAGGAUAAAUGGGGCGGCGAUGGACACCCCGGAGGCUGGGGCGGAAAGCCCAAGACCCCGACCGCUCCUGGCGGCUGGGGCGAGCCCGACAUGGACUGGGGAAAGAGCCGCGUCGGUCCGGGUGGCCCCGGCGGCCCGGGAGGCAUGCACCCGGGCAUGAAGGCCGCCAUGGCGGACAAGUACCGCUCGCUCGCCGACCGGCCCGACGAUAUGGAGGCGAUGCUGCGCGGCGGGGACGAUCCGACCGGUCCCGGCGGCGACUGGCGCCCCUCCGAGCCGGCGCCGUUCGACCCGCACGGUUUCCCGCAGAUGGCGCCGCCACAUAUGCCCGGUAUGCCCAUGCAGAGUAACGGAGGCCCGGCCGGUAUUAACCCGAGUGUGGUGCAGCAGCUGCUGCGUCAGCAGGCGCAGCAGCCGGGCCGCUUCCCCGGUCAGCAGCAGCCGCAGCAGCCGUCUCCUCAGCAGUUACGGCCGCUGAUCAAUCAGAUUCAGAUGGCGGUGCACGCCGGACACCUUAACCCGGCCAUACUCCAGCAGCCGAUGGGCCCGCACACUCUGAUGCUGCUCAACCACUUACUCAGUCAGAUCAAACAAUUGGACAACCUGACUCGCCAGCAGCAGAUGCUGGCCUCGCGCGGCUCCCAGCCGGGCCCCAUGCAGAGUCUGCAGAUGGAAAUCAUGCGUGUCAAGAGCACGAUCGGGCAGAUCCAGAACCAGAUUGGACAACAGCAGGCCAUGAUGCUGAAGCAGCCUCCUCAGCCGCAGCCGCAGCCGCCACUGGGCGCUGGAGCGAGCGGUAUGAUGUACAAACACGGGCCCACUCCGCCCGACAUGCACGGCCUGCCCUCCGGGUUAGCCGAGCUGAGUCUGCGCGACGGGGGUCCGCCGGGCGGCGCUCCGCCGUCCCACCAGCCGCCUCAGAGCCGGCUCAACCAGUGGAAGCUGCCGGCUGCUGACAAGAUGUACCGGCCGGAGGAGGAGUUCUCGCGCGCGCCGGGGAGCGGCAAGGUAGCCUCGUCUCCGCCGCUGUCCAUGCUGGGAGACAGUACGUGGUCGGCGGGCAGAUCGGCCGGAGAAGGAGGAUGGCCAGACUCGGAUAAGGAUGGUGGUUGGCCGGGAACCGGUCAGCAGCAGCAGCAACAGCAACAACAGCAGCAGCAGAACAGCUACGCUGACCUCGGCGUACCCGAGUUCGAGCCCGGCAAACCGUGGAAGAUGCGCGCCGUCGAGGACGACCCGGCGCUGACUCCGGGCUCGGCCCGCUCGUCUCUGGGGCUGUCGGCCGGCGCCGGCUCGCAGGACCUGCUCGGAAAGUCGGCGGCUCCUGGGGCCACCGAUCCGCUCUCCUCCACAUGGAGCUUCAAUCCGAGCAGCAGCGGAAAGCACGGCCUGGGCGGCUCGGCUAAGUGGGACGGCGGCGCCGACUGGGCCGUCAAGUCCCGCGGACCGCCGCCGGGCCUCAACAAGAGCGUGGGCAGCGGCGGUGGCGGCGGCGGCUGGGGCCGCGGCUUCGACCAGCGCUCGGCGUUCGCUCCCGUGCAGGGCGGAGGUGGCGGCGGCUGGGGCUCGCCCGGCUCCGCUUGGCUGCUGCUGAGGAACCUCACUGCUCAGAUUGACGGCUCCACGCUGAAGACGCUGUGCAUGCAGCACGGCCCGCUGCACACGUUCCACAUGUAUCUGAGCCAGGGCGUGGCACUCGUCAAGUACGGCUCACGCGAGGAGGCUGCCAAGGCCCAGGGCGCGCUCAACAACUGCGUGCUCAGUAACACGACCAUCAUGGCCGAGUCGGUGACGGACGAGACGGCCGCCCAGGCGCUGCAGCAGCUCGGCCUACCGGGCUCGCAGCAGGGCGGCUCCGGCGGCGGCGCGGCCGCCAAGCCGCCGGCAUCGGCCGCCUGGAGCGACAUGGGGGCCGAUUCCGGCGGGCUCGGCACGGCCACCAGCAUGGCCUGGAGCAGCGGCGGCGCCGGCAACGGCACCCUCUGGGCCACCGGAGGGCUGGACGAGUCCGGCCGCGGCGCCGCCUACCUGCCAGAGGGCCUGCUGUAGGGCGCGACCGAGGCGCUCUACCCGCCCGCCGGCGUCUGCGGAGAGGAGUUAUAGGCGGAGGUGAGCGCUCGGGCGCCGCACAGCCGCCCUCCAGUGGCGGGAGCACCGUCCACUCGGUGAGUGAGAGAGAGUUAUAGAACAAGCAUCCGUCUGAGUUGGCGCGACGGGCGCGCGCAGCGGCGCGCCGCGAGCCACUCGACGGAACCGUGACGUAUUCGGCAGGACAGCAAUACGGGACGGGCCGGUCCCUUGCACAUCGACGCGUACACUCGACUGCGAGCUAGCAGUUGUCCUACCCACAGGUAAACCUACACGUACAUGUACACGUACAUACCGUGCCGCGCGGAGAAAAGAAAGAGGUGCAGUCACUGUGUACGUUCUGGAGAUGCCAGUUGCCGGAGCGCCAUUUGGGGCGCUACACCUGAAGCACGCUUAUGACGCCUGCCCGACGGAUAGUAUUUAAGGCGAGUAAUGUUGGCGGACGCCUGCUCAGAGCUCCGCCGGCCGGUGUUUGUGUGUGAAAGAGACGGGAGAGGGUGUGUGAAUGUGCAGGGAAAUGGCGCGUGUUCUGUUUUGGCGCGAGCAGACCGGCGCGGCGGCGCCACUGGACCAGGGUCUGCCGUCGACGCCAAGUGUGAUCAUUCGAGGGAGGCCUUGUAGGCGCGGCCGUCGCGCGCUGCACGGGUCACUGAGCCAGCCGCCAAGUCCGCCUCCUUGUCCCGCCCCCGCCCCCGCCCCCGCCCCCGCCCCCGCCCGGCCGCCGGGGCCGCCCGAGGCCGCGCGCUCGCUCCCGCCGUGUGUGAUAUUAGGUGUAAGUCGCUCUCGCCGGCUCGCGGUCGCUCUGAGACGGUGCCUUGCCCGGCGCCCGGGCCGCGGCCGCUACCAAAGAGCGCGUGCCGCGCCGCCAGCGGGCCGCCGUCCGACGGUCCCGUGCAGUACAAAACGAUUCAGGUGAGCGCUCGUCAGCGGCCGGUGCCGGGCCGAUCUCGCCGAUCGUCUUUCAAGCGCGAGCCGCGGUGCCUCCCGUCGACGGCUGGGCUUUCAGGGCCUCGACCCAGUGCCAAUGCCGGCCUUACGCGGACCGCCUCCCGACCGCUCGGUGUCGUGGCCAGGCCAGCCGACUCAUCGGGUACUCCUCGCUUUAAACGCGUAUCGUGGGGCUGUGUGAGCGCCGGUACCGCGCGCCACCGCUGCCGCCUCUGAGGGCCCGUCUCUCCGGGGGUGGCGGCGGUCCGGGCGCCGCGGGCCGCCGGCGCUCCGCCGUGUACGGUGCAAUAAUCGCCUCCAGGCCUGUCACGAAAUUGGCGCGAACCGUCCGUAGUCGCGCCCGUGCCGCGGCGCGAUAUCAGCUUUACAUAUCGGCUGCCGGGGCGCGGAAUACCUCAGGCCGCGGUUGGGCGGCAGCACUUCCUGUCUAGGUUAAGGUAGCUAUAAGCGCGCGCCGCGUGGGCCGGCCGCGCGCGGCGGGAGCGUUCGGCCCCCGCCACGCGCGGCCGACCGGCGCGGCGCGCUAGUUAAGUUGUGAGUCGCCAAGACGGCGAGUUGUGAGCCUCCUGAGUCUGCGGCGCGCGGUUGCGGUGGCCCCGGCGGUUCCCCGUCACCCCUCCCCGGUUCCCCGACGCGCUCCCUGCCCAGAUAGUGCCCCGCUCCUCUGUGAUGCUUCUAGCCACGCGGCAGGUUUCUCGUGAACAUGUCGCUCUCGUAAUGUCUUGCCAAUCUCCACUAUCCUGGGACGUAUCGUGGGGGCGCCGUUUGGGACCUGACUGGAUUGUCGACCCGUGCCCUGACGCUCGUGACCUCCCUGGUCGAGGUCGUCCUACCUGUUUCUGAGAUCUGCUCGCCCCCGACUGUCCACUGCCCGUGCUGACCUGGCUGGGGGAUGUCCCGGACCCCGUGGUCCGACCGCCUUGGUCUCCGUGGUCUCCGAGAGACGCUCCAGGUCUCUGUGAUUCCGAGUGGUUCCUGCGCGUUCUGUGACCCUCUCGUGGCCUUGGUCCGCCCCCGCUCCCGCCCCGCCCCGUCCCGUUCCGACCUCGGCCGACCCGGCUCCGCGGUCACUGCGGACGGCGGCGCCGCUCAGGACAGCUGGCGAGCCAACUGGGACCGCCAGCCAGCGAGCCGACUCUGUGAUUGGUCGUCGUCCGCGCGGCGCGACCGGUGAUUGGCUGAUUCGCUUAAUGGUGCGGUCUUCCUUGUCAGUACAAACGUUUACUUAAGAGCUGCUGGCCAGGGAGGAUGGAACCGUGUUCAUCGUGAAGAAAAACACUCAGAUCUUGCUACAAAGGGCGCCGUGUCCUGUCGCGCGCGGUCGGUGGGGAGGGCCGGGGCGGGGAGGGGGCUGGCUGUGACAGCGCGCGCGCGCCCAGCGGUCUCAGAGGGCCGCGGCGCGCCCGCCCGCACUGGCACAGCUAUGUGAUAUGCAUUAGUCGAGCGGACGGGGCCGGUGGUUGGUUGUUUGGCCGCUAGUCGGGAUAGUGGCGCUGGCAUCGCGGGCCGAGCUGAUCAGGGUGGUGUAAUUCGUACAGUGUGGGUGUUGUGACUCACCCAGCCAUGGCCGUGUCUGGUAUAGAAAAUGACGAGAAAAGCCACAAAAAAAUCAACUAGGUUAAGGUUAUUUUAGAGUAAGCCCCGUUUAUGCGCGAUGCCGGUUAGAGGUACGGGCAUUCUCCAAGGUGGCCAAAAGGUUAGCUGUGUUUUUAAAGCUUUUGUUGCCUUCUGUUUGAGCGCGUGACCUGACCUGGGCUGACGGGCGGACCGGGGCGUGGCGCGGCCGCCCCCCUAUGUGUGUUUGUGUGUGUGUCUGCGUGUGCAGUGAGGCAGCGCGUGGCGUGGCCGCGCGCCCCCUAUGCAGCAGCGCGCGCGCUCGCGCGGCGACGGCAGCGACCUGCGUGUCGCGCCACCCUGGACCAACGAGUCGCGGCUGGCGCGCGCCUUUCACUGCCGCCCUACACGAACAAUCAGCACCUAUCAUAAUACGUGAGAGCAGCUAAUCGUGUGCGCCACCAUUGCCGACCUGAUUGGCGCUGCCGGCGGCGGGAGCGCGCCGCUCCCCCGCGGGGGUCGAGCAGCGCCCGCCGACCGGCAGCGCCGCACCGCUGCCGGCGCCACCGGGCCGCUUUUUAAACGACGGUGUUCUCUUUUUAACCCGAUGUAACUCUGGUCAGAAUAUCAGUAUGCGUAUAAUACACGGUCGUCUAGGUGUA